AUGGAUGGAAUAGAAGAAGCGCCACGCUACGAUCUGGCGAAGUUCGUCGACAACCCGGUCGAAUUUCUCAACGAGCACUUCACGGACGAGUGCAACUUCGCCGACAUCGACGCACUCAUAGCUGAAGUCAAAGGCGAAAUGCGACAGCAAGAUUGCAAGCUCAUGGAGGUCAUCAACGAUAAGGCGAUCAGCAUUGAGAUGGCGCACGAACGCUUCGAAAAAUUGCAGUGCGCCACCAACGACCUCAUUGCGCAAAUGGCGGAGAUACAGAUACCCACCAUGAGAGGAGAGCAGUCCCUCAAAAUCCUGACGGCGGACAUUCGCGCGCUUAACCACGCGAAAAACAACAUAUGCAACACCAUCACAAACCUCAAACGCAUUCUCAUGCUCUCCACCAUGCUGGAGUCGUUGCGCGAGAAUGCCAAGAAUCGCAAGUAUAACGAGGCGGCCGGACUGGCAGUGGUUGUACGUGAGCUCUACCAGCUCGUAACACCAUUGCGUGAGGCGCCUCCCGUUGUUAGGUUGCUGACGGCGUGCAAAACCGUUACCAACAACCUCAAGCAGCAGGUCACAGAGGACCUGGAGAUCAUGCUCGCACUGGGCACGGCGCAGAAAUAUAUGGACACGCCUCUGGAGCUCGAGGAAGUCUGCAAGUGCGCAGAUGCCAUUGACGAGGGAAUUCGACAACACAUUGCGACGAAAUACGCCCAAUAUGUGACGAAAAGCUACGAGACCAUGUUCUCCACCACCUUCGACCUCAAGACUCUGGACAACAUCAACGAAAGGUUUGCGUGGCUGCGGCGCACCAUCAACGAGUUUGACGAACUCUACGGAACAGGUGUCCCGGAGUUCUGGCGCAUACAGGCCACAGGUGCAUGGGCAUUCUUCGAAGCCUGCCGCAGCCAGGUCGUUGCCGCCCUCACCAGCUCCAAGGAGCAGCUUGACGCCAACAUUAUUCUCACCUCCCUCUUGAGGUGCAAGGAGUUCGAACAGGAGCUGGACUACCGACUCAGCAACUAUGACGAUACCCCAAGAAGUGUCGAUCGGCAGGCAAUAGAGUUCCCAGAGGCGGUUCCCUCUCCCCCGCCUCAAACAGAUGCCCCAGCUAAUGAGCAGCGGAAGCCUCUCAAGGGUGUUCUCAGCAGGUGCUUCGAGAACCACCUCGGCCCGUGGGUGGCCAAUGAGGAAGUGCAACUCGACGUCCUCUACCAAAAAAUCGUAUCCAAUGGGGAUGAUGCCAUCAUUAUGCAUGUGUUACGUUCGGCUAAGGAGCUGUUCUCGGCGAUCAGCGUUAGGCUCAAGGCGGUCCUUGCCGUGAGCUCGGAGCAGACGCUUUUCGAGAUGAGCAUGGUUUUCAGGCGCUCCAUCGGCAAGUACCAGGUGCACUUGCAAGAUAAGCUGUCUAAAGUGGAGAAACAUGCGCCACUUCAAAAGGUAUUUAAGCAGUGCGGGUUCAUCACAGCCACCUGCGACUACGUCACUGAGAUGCUGGAGCACCUCAACGACGAGAUUGUGGAGGCCAUUGCACCGGCGUACAAGGAACGAGUUCAUUUCAACGCGGAGAAGGAAAAAAUAAACGUUACCAAGUCCAAAGCUGUGAAGAGGCUGGUUGACGAAAGCUGCAAGUUCGCGCCGAUCACACCCAACGUGGUUGCGCCCCUUAAGAGCCUGGAAGAACGCGUUGUACAAGUCAUCACGUUGACCGUAGAUCACCUGCCGCAGGCGUACCUGCACUACGUGACCAACAAGGUGACACGCGGAGCCAUGGCACACCUGAAGACCACCAUUUUCUCACUAGCAAGCGUGACCGAGGGUUACUGUCAGCAGCUGCUUUUGGACUCAUAUAGCCUGCAAAAGCUGCUUCUGGAGACAGUGAAAACCUUGGUCGACCCCCUGCCUCUGGGGUAUCUUGAAGCAACGUCUUCGGAGAUGGACAAACUGCAGACGCUUAUCAAGGUGCUUAACUCGGCGGCUUCACACACAGACGCCUUUGAAGGUGAGCAUGAAGUGUUAAGAUGCAAUUCGGCGCAGCGCUGCUAG